AUGACGGCAACGGCUGGUACUGCUGCCCCUUCACCUUCAUCCUCCACACAAAAUGAAAAACGCCCUGUACAACGGAAAAAGAAAGCCGCUCGAGCAUGUAUCCACUGCCAAAAGGCUCACUUGACUUGCGAUGACUCCCGACCCUGUCAACGAUGUAUAAAACGAGAUCUCGCUUCUACUUGUACUGAUGGUGCUCGGAAAAAGGCCAAGUAUCUUCAGGAUGUGCAUGACCUUGCUGUCAAUGAUCCCAACGAAUUACAGCAACAGCAGCAACAACAACAGCAACAACAGCGUUUCCAAACACCCAUAGGAUUAGCAGCAACACCAGGUGCAUUGAACGAUACGAGCAACAUGGCUGGUCCAAUCGUUGAUCCAAACUCGUUUGUGAAUGGCAAUCAACUUGGAUUUGAUUAUGGAUUUGGAUCAUCAGCGACCAAUCUUGAAUACUCGUUCUUGUCAAGUAUGUUGGGUACUGGCAUGGAUACGACGUUUUUGGAUCAAAAUCCACCAUCACAACCAACGGCAGGCACACCAUCAUCCACAGCAUCCAGUAGUCAAGUACAGCCACAACCUCCGCAACCCACAUCUUCUACUACUCCUGCAAGUCUACCAGCUGAUUUAUGGUCCAACAAUAGUAUCGCGACGAAUGCAUCGCCUCAUCAACAAUCCACCAGUGACGUGAUGAAUCCAUUCCCAGCACUCGAAAGCAACAGUGCCAAUAACCCCAUUGCACCGUUGUUCAAUACGCCUGGUACCGAGACCAAUUUCUUGACUGGAACAGAGAAUGCUACAGCACAAUCAUCAUCACCGGCAACUCCACAUGCAACCUCUUUACAGGCUUAUGGCGAAGGUGCUGUUUUAGCUAAAGCAGAAAGCCCCAUCACAUCAGCAGCUACACCAACCACAGCCACCGGUAGGCGGCGUACACAGCUCAUGACCCCUGAAAUGGCGUAUGCAAGUGCCAACAAGCCUUUUAGUUAUGCUGAUGGAUAUCAUUACUUGAUCAACUAUGUGCGACAAAAAAUGUCUAGGGAAGAUUUGAUGCGCAUCAGCAGAGCUUUGGCACUUUUCAGACCAAGUGUGUUGGCGUCCAUGAUGAAUUUAACCGAGGAUGAUCUCAUUUUUACCGAAAAGUGUCUUCAGCGGACGUUGUUGGAAUACGAAAAGCUGAUUAGUUACUCUGGUACCCCAACAGUGGUUUGGCGACGCACUGGCGAGAUUGCUUUGGUGGGCAAGGAGUUUUCAUUAUUGACACAAUGGUCGCGUGAUUCCCUUUUGAGCAAAAAGACGUAUAUUUACGAGCUCAUGAGCAACUCAUCGGCUGUCGAGUAUUGGGAAAAGUACGCAUUACAUGCCUUUGACAAUACGGAUUCUGCGGUUUACAGUUCUUGUAUCUUGAUGAGUCCUACCAAACGUGUUGUACCGUGUACAUUUUGCUUUACGAUCAAGCGUGAUAUCUUUGAUUUACCGAGUGUCAUCAUUGGCAAUUUCUUGCCAAUCCUAAGUUAA